AUGGCUGUUAACGCGUUGCAGUUUGCGCUCACGACGAUAGCCACGCUGGCCGCGGCAUCUCUUGCUUUGCGCGGUUACAGGCAGUCACUCCAUCCCUUGUAUGCUAAUGUUCCAACUGAGUUGUAUCUCCCUCAUAUCGUCUAUGGGAGCCUCGCGCUCUCUCUCUUUGCUCCGCGAUACUCUAAACGUGGAGCGGUACUCGCACUCGGCGUUGUGUUAUGUGUUCUGCCCCACUUAUUGUACCGGACGGCUGUUUAUAGUAGCCGAUGGCACGACCCAGUCAAGGGGCCAUUCGCCACACAUGCUCUGUGUGUUCCUCCCCUGAUGUAUCUCUUCUCUGCUAUCAUGGUGCGUUCCUCUAGUGGGCUGCAUCGUCGGUCAUUAACACUCUUGUUUCUGGGGAGUGUCGCACUUACUUCAUGGGCCCUUAUUCCCCCGUCGGUUGCUUCUACGGGACCAAAGCGACGGGCUCCUGAUGAAAUCGAACCACGAACUUUGCUGCAUCGUACUAUCGGUCUCUUAUUGAUUGCUUCGGCCAUCCCCCGCCUCGCUUGGGAGUACAAACCGACUUUGCGGACGCCACUGGAAGAGCCCUACCUCUACCCAGCCCACGACCCCGUUGUACGAAUUCUGUCUUCUACCCAUUCUGUGACCGGACAAAUUGUGGUCGGUGAAGCAAUGAGGCCAUCAGAUGCUAAGCUCCAAGAGCUAGGACCAAAUUACCUACACUCACUCCGUUACCUGCGUGCGGAUCAUAGUAUCCUAGGUGGAGUAUGGAUCGGCGAACGGGUUGCUACACUUGGUGAUCAGUCGGCCAUUGUCAGGGACGAAGACUUGAUCCCUUUAGGCGAUUCGAUAUAUUCUACAUUCGUGUUGCAAGAGGCCGCCAGACUUGUCAAUAGCACGGAAAUUGGCCAAGCCGGUGCCUGGAAGAACGCCCUGGUCAUCGGUCUCGGGAUCGGAGUUUCGGCUUCCGCCUUCCAACGCCAUGGAAUCGCUACCACUGUUGUCGAAAUUGACCCGGCAGUGUACGAAGCUGCUCGAGAUUAUUUCGGUCUCGUUGAUCCAGGCUCUGGCAAUGUAUUUUUGGAGGACGCGCGAUCUUGGGUGUCAAGAACGAAGAGCAAAUCCGAACUCGAGGACGCCCUCGGCGCCCCUCGAGGCGAGUCCUUCGACAUCAUCGUACAUGAUUGCUUCUCCGGAGGUGGUGUCCCCGCGCAUAUCUUCACUAUCGAGUUCUGGGAAGACCUAAAGGCCAUUAUGAAUCCUGAGGGUGUCCUGGCCGUGAAUUUUGCGGGAGUGAUUGACUCGAAUCCCGCGCGAGCGGUCCUCAUCACCCUGGAACAGGCGUUCGGGCACUGUCGGAUAUUCCACGACCGACAGGAGGAAUUAACUCCCCAGCAAAUGAAAGAAGAGUUCCUGAACAUGGUUCUUUUCUGCACGCUUUCGUCGAAUUUAUCGUUCCGUGAAGCAGUACAUUCCGACUUUCUGAAUUCAUAUUUACGGCAGCACAUCUUGACGUUCUUCACCAAACACGAGAUCGAUCCUUCCCUGAUACGCGAUAGCGCAGUGGGCCCCAUUGGUGAAGAAGAGACCCACUGGGUUUUGACGGAUAAUAAUAAUCCUCUGGGUAAAUGGCAAGAUGAGGAGGGCAUAAAUCACUGGAGAGUGAUGAGAGACGUUUUACCAGACAUAUUCUGGGAAGUGUACUGA